GACCCAAGAUGGCGGCGGGCGAGGCCCAGGCGCGCUUCGGGCACUCGGUGAAGGGGCUGCUGAGCGAGAAGGUGACCGGCUGCGGCACCGACGUCAUCGCCCUCACCAAGCAGGUGCUGAAGGGCUCCCGCAGCGCCGAGCUCCUGGGCCAGGCUGCUAGGAACAUGGUGCUGCAGGAGGACGCCAUUCUGCACUCGGAGGACAGCCUGAGGAAGAUGUCCAUCAUCACCACGCAUCUGCAGUACCAGCAGGAAGCCAUCCAGAAGAACGUCGAGCAGUCAUCCAACCUGCAGGACCAGCUGCGGCACCUUCUCAAAUGAAACAAGAGCCCUGAACUUCUGAGACCGCCGCCGCCACGGUCACUGCUAGGAUGUGCCGUGUUGUGGGAGCUGCUGAUGCCCUUGCUCCUCCUGCUUCGGUGUUGAGGUCGCACGCGGAGCUGAGCUGGAAGGCGGCUGGGGGCACCCAGCCCCUCUGCUUCUCACACCCCCUGCCAUGGUUAGCUGCUCACUUGCAUUCAGUUUUGAGUGGACUUUACCCUGCCCUCCAGUGCUUGGUCUCUUCCCUGCGCAGACCACAGCCUGAAGAGCUGCCCUCACCUCCUCCAGGCUGCCAUGGCCUGGCUAGCGACGCCGCAGCCACGUGUUUAAUAUGAGCAGCCGGCUCAGCCCCUGUGUCUCCCAUGGCCCCUCCACGCUCGUUGGCGGGGGGGGAGUUACACUCCUCCCAGCUGUGCUGGACCUGGUUUUUGCAGACCCGUAAACCCUUCAGACGAGGUUACACGCCCCACCCUGUCGUGUGCAGGGCUGGCCCUCGCAACUAGGCACCCCCAUCUCCAUCUCCAUCUCCGUGGCCUGCUAGCCAGAGAGACAACCAGCCACCUCUGCUCUGUGGCAGGUGCCAAUGCUCCGGUGAUUAUUUUACAGGUGGAUGCAGGUAUUUAACGUGGGCCAGGGUCUUUAUAAUUGGGCGUCCAGGUGUACAGAGGAGCCGCGGUUUCUGACAUAAUAAAUCUCUGUAGCAAGUGCCGCCGUACGCUGU